UAACGCGUCAGAAAAAUGGCGUGGAUGUAAGGGGAGUUUAUCCGUAUUGCAUUAGUUUUACGAUUGAAUCCUAGAUAAUGAGUUUCUGUAUCUGGUUUAAAAAUGCAGAACUUUAUCAAAAAUAGUUUCAUUUCAUGUAUACAAAUAUUUGAUCGAACUAAGAUUACCUAGCGACCCGGCCGGAGGAGUUUGCACAGGGAGCAGUUAUUAUUUCCGAAGGAGUUCUUUCUUCCUGACUCCAUCGUUGGAAUUACUGCACAGCAAACUUUAGAAAACUACCCUUUGAACUUGUGUACGUAUAAAUGGAAGAGGACCAAUUUGAUAAAGAACGAAGCCAGGAGACAGAUUAUGCAUUGCCAGAAAGCUUGAUAGAGGAUGCAGAUCUUGAGAGUUGUAGCAGCCAGAUCAGGAAGUCGGAAAAUUUUCAUAAGACAGAGGAUAAUAAUGCAGUUUUUGAUUCAGAAGGGUUAGAUGAGAAAGACUGUGAAUCACAUGCAGAAGAAAGUUCCCAUUUCAUUGAGCCCGAAGACCUGCCAUACAGUGUUGUUGAUGUGGAUUUUACUCCCACAACAUCGUCUGUACCUGACCUCUCAGAAAAGGUGUUGAAAGGAAGGGACCUUUUUUUGGCAAGAUAUUACGACGAAGAUCAGGAUCAAUCACAGUUUGACUCUCCAUUCUCUCCAGACAGUGAAUAUCUGGCACCCCAGACAGAAGCCAGCGAGCAGAGUUUGCCUUUGCUGGAUAAGUCACCAGCUUCGGACUUAUCUUCCUACAAACAAACAGCUGGAAUCCAGGAUUUAAAGCAUAAGCGUGGUCCAGGCCGACCAAGGAAAGAUUCCAUUAGCAAAAAAGUUAGCAAAGGCCGUGGGAUAGGAAAGAGCAGAAGGUCUCCCUUUGGUGGAGAAUCAUCUGACAACCAGACGUGGCAGGACAGUAAAGAGGGCCAGAGGGCCAUGGAUGCAUGUGAGCAUGUGGAGAGAGAAGAUGUUAGCCUGGGAUCCAGAGCUGUUGCUACUGGGGGUGACCCACCCUCAGUAUCUGUGUCCAGUUCAGAGCUGCUAGCAUCAAGUGUUCCAUCUACAUCUGCAGGGUCAGAUAAUGCCAGUGCAGUGGAAAAUAUCAACACAGGACGGUUAUGUGCUCUGUGCAACUGUGGGGAGAAGAGCCUGCUGGGACAAGGAGAGAUCUUUCAGUUUGAGCCUACUUUAGGUUUCAACCCAUUCAAACGUGUGCUUAAGUCAAGGCGGGGCUCAGGAGAUGGGGAGGAAUUGAGCCGAGAGAAAAGUCCCAAGCACCUCACAUGGAGACGGCCACGAGAGGCAUUCAAGGGGAGUAGAGAACGUAGCCGAUCACCACGACAACAGUCAGCAGAUGAAGAGGGUGCAGUUUUUACACAGACUGAUGAACUGAGCUUAGUAGGGUUCUCUGAUGAUGUUGAAGUCAGCAGUGUUUUUGAUCCAUCAGGUUGCACAUGGACCCAUUAUGGCUGUGCUGUCUGGUCUGAGAAUGUGCUACAGGUAGAUGGGCGGCUUCAGUGUGUUGACCGAGCUGUCUUUGCUGGGCUUUCACAGAAAUGCGGGUAUUGUCGGCGGUUUGGUGCUUCUCUGGCCUGCCGCUCACCACGCUGCACAAAGAAGUAUCAUUUUCCAUGUGCAUCUGCUGGUGGAUGCUUUCAGGACCUGAAGACUCUGUCACUUUUAUGUCCAGACCAUGUAGGGCAGGCUGAGGUCAUAGCUGGUAAUGAUGCUUUCUGCAUCCAGUGUAGUUACUUAGGCAAUGUGAGUGAGCAGCUGUUCUGCACCAGCUGUGGCCAGCACUAUCAUGGAAACUGCUUGUGUCCACCUGUAGAAGUUAAGCCCAUAGUACGAGCUGGCUGGCAAUGCCCAAACUGCAAGAUUUGUCAGACCUGCAGGCAACCGGGAGAUGAUAUAAAGAUGCUGGUAUGUGAUACUUGUGAUAAGGGAUACCACACAUUCUGUCUGCGUCCAGCUAUGACAACAAUUCCUAAGAAUGGCUGGAAGUGUAAGAACUGCCGAGUAUGCAGUGACUGCGGUGCAAGAACUCCUGGCAAUGGCCCUAGUUCUCGCUGGCACCUAAACUACUCGCUAUGUGACAGCUGCUACCAACAGCGUAAUAAAGGACUAUGCUGCCCUCUUUGUGGGAAGGCUUACCGCUACUUCCACAACAAGACAAUGAUGGUGCAGUGCUCAUCUUGCAAGAAGCAUGUUCAUAGUGAGUGUGAUCCUGUGAUUGAAAGCUCCAUGCUUCAUCAGGUCCGAGAGGGAGGCAGCAUUGAUUAUACCUGUCAGGUGUGCCGGGAGGCAGAGACAGGAAUGGACAUUGAACCAUUUCCAGCCCCUGGACCUGGCACUGAAGAGUCACAGGAAGCAUUUCCUGUAAUCAAAUGUGACAGAGAUGUGGGGAUCAAAGAUAGCCCACUUCUGCCAGAGGUAUCGCUGCAGCCAGCCAGCUCACAAGAGUCUCUGUUCUUUGAAGACUCCAGCUCCAGUGUUGAUUAUGACACAGAUAAGACUUACAUUCCUCAUAGGGAUGAUAUAUACACAGAUGACAAAGCCUUUGUGAGUCGCAAAAAACUGAGCUCCAGACGAUCGCGGUCACGACAUUUAGGGUCAGAAAAGCGACGGCAUCGGCCUCUUAAUCUGAAUGAAAAGCGGCACAGACCAAAGAUAAAGGUCAAAACUAGUUCCCUAGCUCCUGUGAUUACAUUGUCUGUACCUCCUUCAUCUCUUGCUUCAAGCCAGCAACAACAGCAGCAGCAGCAGCAGCAGCCCACUCCAACUACUCCCACCACCCCUUCCAGUAGUGCUGGCUCUGCCAUCUCCACGCCUGCUGGUACAGCUUUGGACACAAAAGAUGAUGAUGAUGGCGAUGAUCAUCCUUCCACUAUCAUCCUUGCCCAGUCCCAUGAUCAGUUUGUUAUGAAUCAGGAUGUGUGCAAAAGUUGUGGAAGUUUUGGCAAAGGAGAUGAAGGCAGGCUGAUUGUCUGUACUCAGUGUGGGCAGUGCUAUCAUCCUUACUGUGUUACUGUAAAGGUUACUAAGGUCAUUUUGCGUAAGGGUUGGAGAUGCUUAGAUUGUACAGUAUGCGAAGGCUGUGGAGGUCCUGAUGAUGAAAGUCGCUUGAUCCUUUGUGACGACUGUGAUAUUUCUUAUCACACUUACUGCCUUGAUCCUCCUCUUGCUACUGUACCAAAAGGGAAUUGGAAGUGCAAGUGGUGUGUACAUUGUUUGUACUGUGGGGGAACCAGCCCUGGGUUUGGGUGCCAGUGGAUGAGCAAUUACACAAAGUGUGGGCCCUGCUACAGUAAGCUGAUGUGCCCAGUCUGUUGCCGCAGCUACCGUGAAGAAGAACUUAUUAUCCAGUGUGUGCAGUGUGACAGAUGGCUGCAUUGUGCUUGUGAUGGUCUGAAGAAUGAAGACGAGGCAGAAAUGGCUGCUGAUUAUGGCUAUCAUUGUUCAUUCUGCCGGCCCAAAACUGGCAAGAUUGGUCCACUGCCGCCGCCACCUCCUCCUCCUCCACCACCCCCACCCCCUGUUGAAGAAGAUAUUAAGCCACCAUCUCCUUUUAUACCUGAACAAGAAAUCCCAAGACAGUACCUUAUAGAUGGUGUCUACCUCCUGGCAAGUGGCAUGCAGCAUAUUCAAAGCCAAAUCAUUCCACUGCCCAAAAAGCCCCGCCAGCCACGGCGAUUCAAGGUUCGGGAGGGUGGUCUUCUUGCUCGACAUCAGUUAGCACGGCUGCUUUCUUUGUCUUCACAAGAAGGAGAAGAUAGCAUUGAUAAAGAUGUGGAAGAUAUGAAGCUCUUUGAAGGCCUUGAGCAUGGAGAGAUUCCUUCUGCUGCCUCAUCUGCCAUGGCCAUUGCCAGUCUAAUUCCUGAUGAAGAAGCCAAAAAACAAAGGCAGCAGCGAAGAAAAGUUGGCUUAGGUGUUGGAGGCUUUAUGGUGCGUCCUGUUGUCAGAAAAGCUCUUGUGAAGCGACAGGCCAGCAUGGAUGAACCAUCCAAAGGAGAAGAGGCUGUGGAGGGAGAGGCAGCUGUGCUUGCACCAGGCAAACGCAGAUCACGGCGGCGGAUCAAAAAGGGCAAAUUAGAAGAAAGCUUUCCAAAUUAUAUGCAGGAAGCAUUCUUUGGCAGCAAGUUGAUGGAUGCCAGUCGUGGCCCACGUGGAUCAUCAGGUGACUUGCUACAUUCUGGUUCUGACUCAGACGCACCAGGUCAGCCCUUGUCACGCUCAUCCAGUCCAUCUCCAGCCUUACCAUCUGUACCUCCUGCUUCAGAAGUAUGUCUGAAUCCUGAAGUAAAACUCUCAAGUCAAGGUGAGGUGGAAACACUCCUAGCUCCAGGAAGUAGUGGUCAGCAUCAUCCUACACCUGUCUCCAGCCCACCACAUGAAAGUGACAUUCCUGAUCUAGAAGCAGGAGAUCUAGAUAUUCUGCCAUCAGAUAUAGAGUUCCCUCCUGAAGAGGACAUCCUUAAUAUUCUUCACAAAGAAGGCGAGUUGUCAGAGAAAGAAGUAGAGGCGGGAAAUAAACUUCCUGAAAACUUGGCUGGGAUCUUGAAUGUUGAACAAAUGUUGACUGCAGCAGGCCUUGACACAGUGGAAGACAUUUUUAAUAUCAAGGGAGUGCUGACAAAUGAGGAGACACAAACAUUAACCCAAGUUCCGGGGCAGUUCCCAUUGCCAUUGCCCCCUAACAUGCCAGAAUCACAACACAUUGGCAUGCCAUCUCACCUUGGUGGCAUGCCUCCACGCCAGACUCAAGGUACCAUGAUGCAUGCUGCCACUGGCAUAGAUAUGGAGCCUGAUCAGCCUUCAGCAUCUUUAGUGUCCCACCACAACAUGGCAACAUCUUACCCACCUAGCUACAGUCCUCAGAUGAACCCAGAUGUGGAAGGACUGCCAAGACCUGCACAGGAAGGGCAGUCGUGGCCAUCAGGGAUUAUGGGAGGUGAUGAGGAGGAAACUGGAGGUGGAACUCGGCGCACCAUCCUGAAAUGGGAGACGGAUGAGGCUUUAGGGGCUAAUGCUACCAUUUCAGCUGUUCUGUAUGUCAAUCUCAACUUCCCAAAUCUCAGGAAGGAGCAUCCAGAGUGGUCUGAGCGAUCAAAGCAAAUUGCAAAGCUGUGGCGGAAACUGAAACCUGAAGAGAAGGCACCAUUUUUGGCAAAGGCAAGGAAAAACCGCACUAGUCAUCGUGUGCAGAAAGCCCAAAAGCAGGUGAACCAAGAGCUGAAAAGGAGGCAAGAGGCACAGAAGAUUCCUGAUAGUGAGGCAAUGCCACCCCCACCAGCGCCCCCACCCUUGCCCUCACAGUCAGCAGUUGGUGGAGAUCCCUUUGCACAACCUCCAGGGCCACAUGACCCACCUGAAGCAUUAUCCCCAUCUGUACGCAGUCCUCUGCAGAGUCCAGGAAGUCAAGGAGGCUCACCUUUCCAUCGCCCUACUUGGGAAGAUCCCUUUCACAAGUCACCUACUCUGGAAUCUUCACCUACAGGACCAUUCUCACCUACAGGACCACCACCUCGGCAAGGUGUUGCUGCACAGACCCACGAAACGACUUAUGGUUUUCCAUCCCCUGGUCCCUCCAAAAAUGACAAUUACAGUGUAGCACAUACAGUUGGUCCAAGGUCACGUGUGCAUCAGCCAUCUUUUGAUCCAUUUGUGCAUGGUCCUCCACAGGGCCAGCCACCACUAACUAUAGACGACCCUUACAGCAAGCCUCAUCUCACCCAUGGCAUAUAUUCUCAUCAUCAUGCAGGUCAACACAUGAAGCAGGAGGAUCAUCCCACAGUACCACACCAGCCUCAGCCAGCUGCAGACCCAUAUGCUUUCACACCAACAACCCCGCGGCCACCCACUCCACAAGAUGAUAUCUUCCAUCAUACUUUACGGUUGUCCCACUCUGUGGCAGACAGCUACUCAGGCCAUCAUACUCCCAAAGGGGUAGCUCCUUCUGCAGACCCAGCAGGAGACCUUUAUCAUAGGUUGCCCCCAGAACCAUAUGGACCACCAACACCAUCAUCAGCUCAUGCCUCUCCUGCUCAUGCCAUAUCCUCCACACCACCUCGCCCUUCACAGUUUGGUCCAUCUCCUGGUACAAGUGGCAUGUCUAGCCCUCUUCGGCAUGCAGAUACAGGCAGCUAUGCAGCAGAUUUAAACUUCAAGAGCCCCUCGCAACUUGGUCGGUCAAACAGCUUACCACACCCAUAUGGUCAACAAGGGCCAAGCACGCGAAUGCCUGGGGACCCAGGUCUGACACGGUCUAUAUCUGAUGUGACUUCUGAUCAUUAUCCAAUCCGAAUGAUGCAACCACAGGAUCCUGCACUGGGGCUGGCCGCCCGCCGCCUUAAGCUGCUUCCUCCGCAGGGGCCUGGCCCAUGGGCCUACUCUGUAGCACACCCUAGCAUGGGUAGCGGGACUGCUGAGGUGGUGGCAGGCCUGGGGCCGGGCCAGGGUACUCCACACCAGCAGCUACGUGAGAUUUUGGGUCAGCAGACCAAGCUACGCAUGCAGAAGAGAGAGAUGUUGAACAUGGUUCCCCCACCUGGAUCUCCUCAUCACCAGUGGAUGCAGCAACAACAGUCAGAGGGCAUGGGUCCUGCUGGACCUCCAGGUCAUCCACCAACACCCAUGAUGCCGCCAGUACCUGGAGGACUUCAGGGCUUCAGGGAACCAGUGAGCCCUAGUCACCCAGGAAUGCCACCAGAGCGGUGGCCUCGCAUGGUUCGCCCUCUUCAUUCAUCCCAGUUUCCUCAAGAGGCUCAAGAAGCCUUCAGUCCUCGGGGUCAGUAUGGAGAACCGGGCCCUGUGCAAUUUCCAGGGCCGCAUCGAAUGCACCGACCACCUGGAGCAUCAGUUAUUCGUCCUGUGAUGCCACGUCAACCCGGUGAUUUCCACGCUGGCCCACAACAGCAGGGAGGACACCAUGAUAUCUCUCGCCAACUCUCUGACGUGGGACACACAUCCGAUGAUGAAGUUUUUCGUCAUCUGAGCACCGUGCAUGACCCUAUGACAGGUCAUCCCUCAAAGCCAACAGUAGUCUCAACACCAGAUGGAGCCACCUCACAGGAGGGAGCCAGUGUAGUGGAAGGAGAUCCACUACAUUUGCCAGGAGAAAUGGCACCCAAAGACCUCAAGCCUUCACUGUCUUCUGAAGAUGACAAACCUGAAGAUGACGACCUUUUAAGUGCGGAUGGCACUUUUGACAUCUUGAAGUACGCUGACCCUGAGCUUGACCUGGAUGAUCCCAUUAUAGACACACUUGAUCUCAUAGACGACCCCAAGAAUUCAACAGGAGAAGGAGAUGGGGAUGGUGAAGACAAGAAGGAUGAGGACAAGCAUGAUAAGGGAGUCAGCAGUGUGAUGGGGGAUCCUACUAAAGUGGAGCCUGGGUUGGAGCCUGAUGUUUGCGGGGAUGACACAAGCAGCAAGGCCAAGGACUUUCAGUCUCAGUUCCUUGAGUUCAGUCAGCGACGACAGCAACAACUAGACACAGACAGCAUGACUGAAGGCUUGGACAAAACCAAGGGUGGUGACAUCAAAGGUGGUGUCAGCCACAUUGCAGCCCUCUUGCAGGGCACAGAACCAAUAUCUACAAGACUGGGUCGUCCUGGAUUGGAAGGCACGAUGGGAAAAGGAGACCCAAGCAAGAUGACAGGACCAGAUCCCAUAGCAGUGACAGGAGCUAUUCAGAGUAUGUUGCAGAGGCCACCUUUUGCUCCAGGCUUGCAGUCCCCAAAUCUUCAGCAAUCAUCACCAUCCCAGACAGGAGCAAUCAUGGGUCCUUCUGGUUUACCAUCCCCGAAGAUCUCUCAAUCUCCCAGGAGUGGACAACCUUCACCUCGCACACCUGGUAUUCAGUCCCCUUACAGCCAGCAUGGCCAGAUGAUGGGCCCUAGUGGCCGACAUUCUGCCUCACCCCACAGCCAGCCUGUGACCCCUGUGGGGCAGAUGUCACCCUUCUCUCAGCAUGGUUCAGGACAGUCUCCUUUCAGUCCUCCAAUCUCAUCAUCUGCUCAGUCUCCAUUUACAAUGCCACCUGGCUCUGUAUCAACCCCACAGUCGCCAUACCCAAAUCAGGGUCCGUUGCGUACCAUGUCCCCAUUUACUAUCCCAGUCAAUGCUGGCCAGGUUGGAACAUCUCAGACAGGUCCUCUUCAACACUUGCCUUCAUUUUCUGGUCAGCCGCCACAGCAGCAAUCACCACAACAGAUGGCAUCGAGAGCAACCAUAACUCCCACCAACCAGUACAAUCAGGGUAGCUACAGUCAACCUCUUGGGGUGCUGGGACCACCUCCUCGUGGAGCUACUCUGACCCCAACACCCAGCAGCAUUGUGUAUGGUCAGUCAGCUGCCACGCAGCACACUCUCCGUCCUCAGGGGCCACGACCUUUUCCUCCUUGCUCAGAACUGAGUGGUGACAUUACGGAAAAUGUUGGGCCAGAUGGAAAUGCACACCCAAGAUUGAAUCACCCACCACUGCAGCAAGGGAGAUUUCCAGUUCCCCCACCUUCUGCCACAUCUAUGACAGGAGGAAUGCACGCACAGCUGUCAUCUUCAUCACCACAUCCUCCGAUGCCACAGCACCUAGCAGGUCAGAUACGGCCUCAGUUCCCUCUGGCACCAGGUCAGCACCGCCUUUUGUCUCCAGAUAUGCGUGCACCUGUUCCACAAAGUGGUGGGCACCCAGUUCGGUAUCCAGGCAGUCACAAGGAGCAGCAGCACACUUUGCUUGAUGAGCUCCUUGAACAGGAGAAAGAGGAACAAAAGCGACAGGCCGCCCAACAAAUGAUGUUACAUCGACGAGAAGGUCAGCCAGACAUGAUGGUCCCAGGUGCCCAGCGACCAGGAGUACUGCCUCAGCAGCAUCCAAGCAUGUCUCCUCAUGGACUGCCUCCAAGGCUAGGGGCUCCUGACAGCGGAUGGCCAGGUGCUGGACCAGGGCAACAGGGCACACAAGAACUGCCUCCUGGUCAUCAGUUUCCUGGCAGCUACGGACCUCGCAUGCACAGUCCACAGAUGGCCCCUCACGGCCCUGUCUCCUUUCCACAACCUCUUCCUCAGCAGCAGCAGCAACAACAACAACAGUCGCCCAUACUUCAGCCUCCGCCGCAACCACCUCUGCCAGCAUGGGAAUUGGCACCAAGUAAAGAAUUUGAGCAGCAGAUGCGCCAGUAUGAGGACUGGUUGAAUAAACAAGCGCAGUACCUGGACAGCCAGGUGAAGGUACUGGAGACUCAGAUUCAGAAACAGAAACGUGCCAAAAAAACCAUCCAGGCCCGGCAGAGACAGGCUCGUAAGAACAACCAAGAGCUGAAUCCCAAAGACACCAUGGAGCUGGAGCGCAUCUCUAGUGAGCAGUCAGAGCUACAGAAGCAACUUGAGGCUCAGCGAAAGCAACUACACCAGCACCAGCGUGUUGUUCAGGAUUACCACACCACUCAAAAGGAGCAAAUUGGCUCAGUAUGGUCAAGUGGCAUGGGUAUACCGGGUCCUUCCACCUCUCAAGUGCCCCCUGGACAUGCUUCUACUGCCACUGGUACCAACACCAAUUCUGUUGUUCUUCAGCCCCGUAUUCAGGGGUCCCAAUCUUCCAUCCGGAUGUCUCCAACAGCACGGCAGGAAUAUGAUGCAUAUGUGCAGAACAGGUUGCGAAUGGCUGCCCAGUCUCCACGCCCACGGGCCUCAUCCACGACUACCAUCCAACUUGGGGUGAAGACGAUGGUUGUUGAUGCACAGAUGCAUCAUCCAAUGCCUGUGCAGGACAAUAAUCCUUUCAGCGAGACUUUUCAAGUCCGUGAACAGAUCAUGAAAAUGCAGCAGACUGGAGGAACGCUUCCUCCUAUUUCCCCAAGUGAUACUCCCACUCCUUCACCUGGGCCAAGUACUCCAAAUCCAGUUGGGCAUGCAGGUGGCGUACGUCCAGCUGGAGAGGGAAUAUUUUUCCGAGAGAGAGCUGUUCCUUUGGAAGGUGGGCAGCGAUUUAUAAGACCCCCUGGGCCUCUUCCAAAAGACAACAACAGUACUUCACGAGAGGGACCACGUCCACCUCCUUACCCAGGUCCAGGUAUUCCCCCUGGUCCAGCAGGUGCAGGAUUUGUUGAGGGACCUCGCAUGCCAUUCCCUCAGCCCAUGCCGUUGCAGCCAGGUUUUGGCCAUCCUUCCAUGCACCCAGCUCAGACAGGAACAGGAGAGAUAGGGGUGGGAACAGCACCACCUGCUCCUGCUCCUGCUCCUGCUCCCAAAGAGAAGCCCAAAAAGCGGCGUAAGAAAAAGAAGGCAGAGGAAAGUGAUGCCCAGUCCCAGCCCUUGCCAGCAUCCAUUCCCAGUCAUUCUAUCAUAAGUCAUGGUAACCAGCAAGGUGAAAGAUCUGCUCUAACAAAACCACCAGAGUUUCCCAUCAAGCCACAGUCAGAAACUGAUAGGCGAAUCCUGGAGAUACUCAGAGACUCGGCUGCUAGUGCUAGCAAAGAUGGACAGCAGCCUACCACCUUAAAAGGAAACAGCACCAAGGGUGCUCGUUCGAAGAGCCCUGCAGCUGCCACAUCCUCUCAUGCAAAAGCAGUAAUGGACAAACCUCCCGAAGGUGAUCAGUCUGGCAGCUCUCAUGGGCAGUCCAGAGGUUCUUCACCAGGAGAUGAGACAGCACUAUCAACAAUGGCAGCUUCUGUGUUGCGGCCAGAGGCAGCCAUGCCUGGUACAGGAGUGCAGACUGGUGCAGGCAGUGUUGGCAUUCAGUCAGUUCCACGUGGGACACAGGCAGCAUCAAUGCAGAAUACUUCAGCUGGUGAAUUAGGUCCCCUUCCUUCUGGUGGCAGUCUCCCUCAUCCUCAUCCUCACCCCCACCUGCUCCAACAGGCACAUCUCCACUCUGGAGUUUCCUCGUCACCAGGGGUUUUUAUCACAAGGGAUUCAGGGUGGAGUGAUGUCCCCACAGUCAGGACCUCCUCAUAGAAUAUCCCCCACAUCUCUCCCUCUUUCUGGCAGACACCC